GGGUUCGGCGGCAGCGGCGGGUCCCCUGAGGAGAGCCGGGAGCCCGCGCUUUUCCUUGGCGCCUUUCCCGCCCUCCCGCGGGCUUGAGGAGCCCUCUCCCCCUCGCCUUACCUCCACCAGGUAUCUUCUCUUCACUACCGCCAAAAGACCUGCCUUGCCCCUGAUUGUAAACACGCCAGAUGUUGGGUGCCAUGGCUGAGACGGCAGGAGAAGAACCAGUCUUCAAAGUUGGAGAACUGUGCCAUGAGUGUGGGCAGCUCCACUUGUUGCCAGACAAUCAUCUUUAUAACUUCCAGGAUGAAGUGGAUGAUGAGCUCACUUGCCAUAUUUGCCUUCAGCCUUUGCUGCAGCCUAUGGACACACCUUGUGGACACACAUACUGUUUUAAGUGCCUUGAGAACUUCAUGCAGGAGUAUGACUUCUGCCCUAUGGAUCGGAAAAAACUGUCCUUCCAGCAGUGCCGGAAGUCUUCCCUUUUAGUGCGGAAUUUACUUGAUAAGCUCAUUGUCCUCUGCCCCUUUCAAGAAGAUUGUAAGCACACUAUGCAACGGUGUGAGUUAGAGGCUCACUUACAAAACAGGUGUCCUGGGUUCAAGAAGUUCAAAGCUCAUCUUGAAAGGAAAAAGAACCCUCGCCUCAGGUUGAAGGGAGAUUCUCUUUCCAGACAGGAAGCGAGUACUAUAAAGGAGCCUGAGAUAUUGAACGUAGUGUCAUCCCUUGUUUCUGGAAGUUCAAUAGCUGCAGUGGUUUCCCUGGAGACACCGGAACCUGGAUUGAUUAAUCCAGCCUUUGAUGGGAGUGAAGAAGAUUUACCCCAAAGAGCCAGUCUUUUAGCAGAGACAAGUACAAUUGAAAUUCACCGAGAAGACCCUGAGGAAGAACUUGGGAUGCGGAUAGUUGGGGGUAAAGACACCCCACUUGGCAACAUUGUUGUCCAAGAAGUUCUUCGGGAUUCAGUUGUUGCUGCAGAUGGAAAAAUAGCGCCUGGAGACCAUAUCCUGGAAGUGAACGGUGUCAACAUUAGCAGCGUGACCCAUACUCAAGCUAUCUCCUUACUGCGUCAACGCUGUGCUGUGUUUCACUUCAUAGUACUGCAAGAGAAAGGGUUUACCACCAGAACUGGGCAACUGGAUUCCAGCCGUUCAGUAAACCAGGAAGUGAUCCAUGUUACCCUUAUAAAGAGAGACCGAUCUGAACCCCUUGGCAUCAAAUUGAUCAGAAAAACAGACGAGCCUGGGAUUUUCAUUCUGGACCUUCUAGAUGGAGGCUUGGCAGCCAAAAAUGGGAAACUUAGUCAGAAUGAUAAAGUUCUGUCUAUAAAUGGCCAGGAUCUAAGACAGGGAACUCCUGAAGCAGCUGCACAGAUAAUCCAGACUUGUGAAGCGAGAGUAAACUUUGUUGUUCUCCGUCAGUCUGGUGUACAACUCCCAGAAACACUUGAAGAUGGCAGCACAUCAAACACCAGCAGCAGUAGCAGUGGGGGAAGCCCAGUGCACCAUCACAGAAGACCUGAACAGAAUCAUUAUCGAUGGAAAUCCAAUUAUCAGAAGGCACUCCCUCAAGGUUACCUCAGCCAAGAGAAGGUAGUUAACAUAAAGAAGGAGCCAAAAGAAUCUCUGGGAAUAACCAUUGGAGGUGGAAGAGAUAGUAAAAAUAAACUCCCUAUUUAUGUAACUAGCGUACAACCUGUUGGAUGCCUCUUCAGAGAUGGUAGAAUUAAGAGAGGAGAUGUAUUGUUGAGUAUAAACAAUGUUGAUCUGACUCAUCUUAACUACAGUGAAGCAGUCUCUGCACUGAAAUCAAAUGCAGCACUGCAUACAGUGACAUUGAAAGCCUUGGAAAUUGUGGUAACGGAAAAGACACCUGAAUUUACUGAGGCACCAGAUACCAGGGAAAGUGGGUUUAGUUGGGCUAGCUGGGCUCCUCUCUGGAUCAUGUGGCUUGGAUUGCCUAGUCACCUCCAUUGCUGUCAAGAUAUUAUCUUGCAUAAAAGCAACUCUGAGAGCUGGGGAUUCAGCAUAGUUGGUGGGUUUGAAGAAAACAAAGGGAACCAGCCAUUCUUCAUUAAAACCAUUGUGCCUGGAACACCUGCUUUCUGGGACAGAAGACUGAAAUGUGGAGAUGAAAUUGUGGCUGUAAAUGGAGUGUCUGCCAUGGGAAUGAGCAAUGCUGAAUUGAUUCCCAUGCUGAAGGAACAACGGAAUAAAGUGACUCUUACUGUGGUGUCCUGGCCUGGAAGCCUUGUGUAAGACGUAAACUCGGUAUAAUUUUGGGACUACUUUGGUGCCAGAUUUCAAGGCUUUGAGUGAUGAACCAACCAAAGAAACAGUGAACUGAUUUAAGAUGGAUUUUUUCAAGGCUGUCACCUGGAAUCCUAUUCCUAUGCCAAAGGCAAACUGCUUAUUUUAUUUUUC